AUGCUGGAGGCGGAGACCUCGCAUGUGGCUGUUGUUCUAGGGGCAGAACCUCAAUUUCCUCGCUACAGCGGGGAUAAGGUUCGCCAACACAAAAUUUAUCCGAAUUUCCUAGAGAUGGUUCUCUGCAGAUUUUGUCAUAUGUUUGUAGAGGAACACAACCGUCUCCGGGAGGAGGAAGAAAUCGAGCAAUUCCAGCGUAUCUUUGAGUUGAUUAUUACAAGACAACGCCAAGGAGAUGUCCUAUGCGAGAACUGCGGAGCAAUUUAUGGCCACCCAACCUGCCGUGGACAACACAGGUCCAACGCAGAUACUGGCUUGAUACUUUUCUCUGGCUGUGAAGAAUACCAGUGCCACAACCGCAAGGGUCGUGAUCCAUUGUUGCUGCGGCGCCUUGAGAAGGUGUAUGAAGUAGAUCAAAAGCGAGCAAGGGGUGAUCCGGUGCUGUGUGCCUUCUGUCAUAGAACAGAACCUGCUACUGGCAGAAAUUUUCAUGUCUCGCGGACGGGCAUUGGCCCUUCCUGUAUGCGCAGAGAUUGCCGAAGAGACGCAGGAAUGACAAUCCAGCAGAGAGCGCGAAGAGAGUUCGUCGCGCUACCGCACAUAGAUUCCUUAAAGGAAAACGCGAUGCCAGCGAAGAUGUCCGUUGCAUUUAUUGUGGCGAUGCCGAAGGGGAGGGAGCGCCUGGGAAACUGUAUUCCGUCACAAGAGACGGAUACGGUCCCUAUUGCCAUCGGGAACAGUGCAGAACAGACGCUGGAGCAGAGAAGGAUCCUGCUUACCCAAUACCCAACUCGUCGAGAUAACCUCCCAAAGAGCCAUUAG